AUGAUAAAUCUCACCAACCUCACUGACAUGGCCGACCGCCCCCGCAUCAAACGUCGCCUCCACAUCCUCAUCGCAUCUCUCAUCGCCCUGACCUUCAUCCUCAUUAUCGCCCGUCUAGCUACCCCCGGCACACCAGCGACUCGCACCAAUAUCUGGGGUAUAGCAGUGUGCCUCAAAGCCGCUCUCUUCCUCACCUACCAGGUCCUAACCACCUACAAAGACCGCUUCAAGCGAUGGGCCAGCCUCAAGGCCAACAUGAUCCUAGAUAUCAUCGACACGGUGUUUUGGUUCGCCUUAUUUAUUAUUAGUAUCAUGGGCGCGAGCGGGGGACAUAGUGCUGCUAGUAAGACGUUGGGUGCUUUCGUGGCUAUUCUCUCGUUGGUUUUGUGGUGA